CCGCCAUUCCAGUCGCCUUUCCCUCCUUCACCUCUUUUUCUUUGUUGCUUCCUCACCACCACCAGCCGCCCAAACGCCCUUCGAUCGGAAUUUUUUGUAUUGCUCGCUGCUACCACAUUCGCUAUCGCUGCCUCGAAUACGACCGCCGAGAUAUUCUUCCCGUCACAGCCCCGUCGCCACCGCAGUCCUGUUGCUGCGCACAAGGGUCGUCUUGACGGUUUGCGACAGGCCAGCCAAUACCACCUAUCCCAGCCAUCCACCUUUUAUCGCAUCAGAACAUCGCUGUCCCAUCGCCUUGCGCAUGCAAUAGACGCUUCUUUGCCAACUCUUUCAAGUCGACAGUGACACUCAUGAGUACCUAGACGAAUUUACGGUCGCCUGGUAAUCGGUGGAGCGCAAACCGCAUCUUGUUUCUGGAGCUGGUUGGACGCAUCAUUCACUCAUCCAUCCAUCGACUUGGGCUGUUUGCCCCUUCCCUACCUAGCUACUGUCACAGAAACGAGGUGUCAAAACGAAACGGAAUCUUGCAACCAGUUAGCUGCCAACCUUGUACGGUGGAUCUAUCUCUUCUGGACCAAGACUGCCACCUACUUUUGAAGAGACACCUUGUGUCUUAACUUGUUGGAGCCCCCCGUCCAGCCCAAGACAUUUCCCUCUCUCGUCCCCCGAAAACCCUAUUGUCCUAAUCCUUCUUCGCCCCAACCAGUGGUUCCAGCUGCAGUUUGUUUCUUCUCUUCGAUUCGCCCAGCCCAAAAGCACAACACCUCCCUUACGGCUAAGCACACCACUACCAUCCCUACAGAGCGAAAUUCUGGUAUCAUCCAGACGCUACGACUAGAUUUUCAUACCAAUAUCUACGCCUCUUCUACAAAAUGUCCCCCUUGCACCGAUUUGUGGCGCAGGAGCCACAAAUCUCUACUAGAGAUGCAAAAGCAUUCAAGACCCCAGAGCCGUUUGCCGACCCAGAGGCCCUUUCGCAAACUUCGCCAUCACGCCCUCGACUUCGUCUUCGAAAGCGCGCCGCUACGCACCUCAACGCACCUACUCAACACUUCCUGGAGUCUGUUGCCGCAGCUGACAUCCCUAUUCCUAGCAUCGAAGAACCCCAGGUCGUUGACCAGGAUAUGCUAGACACGGAAGACCCUGCCCUCUCCUCAUUUUACCCUAUUGAUUUGCUUCCCCGCGCCAUUCAGGAAAGCCGUGGCCGCACAUUCUCUCCUCCAAAGACACCUGCACCCGAAGUUACAACAGCCAUCCUUCCCCGCCAGUUUCCCAACUGGGAUAUCGAGUCGCCUUUGAGCAGCAGAGACUCUAGCCCUGACUGGGAAUUCAGCCGACCAUCUACAGCACGCUCUUCACAAACUAGCGCUUCGCUCUUCACCCAAUACUCGGCGCACUCGACCGAUAUCAGCCAGUGUGUAAGCCCCGAAUUCGACACCUCCGAGCGAUUUGGUGAAUUCCUCUCCGUCAACGACGCCAUCCGAGAACCGACCCAGUCGAGAAGAUCCCGAAGAGCGCCUUGGACUAGACAAAUGAGUGCGCAUGUUUGGAAUACAUACGCUACCUAUCUUCAGGAUCCCAAAGUUACGCCCUUCAACAUUGGCAAGAGCGGCAUCCCCCCUCACGGCGUUUGCAACCGAGUUGCUCGAGAGGCUAGAAGAAGUUGGCGACAGGGACAGCAAAAGUCCACCAGACGCAGCGCAACUCCUACUGCCGAUUCGACUGCUGUUGCUGUUUCCAGCUGGCCCCAUACUUGCGCUGCGACCCGCGCGCAUCUGCGAGAGCUCUGCAAAUCCAACACCAGCUCUUCGGCCAGAGGCCACAGACAUAUGGCCUACAGCCCUGCGCCCUUUGGCCGUGCUGCCAACCGAACACGCACCCGCCGUUCCGCCCCCGCCAUGUCUCCCCGCGGUGUCUUUUCUAGCUCGGACAUGUCUAUUUCCCUGACACUGAGCACGGCUGAAUCCAUGCAGCCUGAUGGUCCAUUGGCACAGCUUACUAGCUCCGUGCCGGGACCGGCUCGCGACGAGAAUACCCCCACCCCCAGCCAACCACAGAUGCCUUUGGUCGCUCUAGCGGAUGCUAUUUCGAUGGAACAGGACCAGAACCGUCUUGGUUCGCCCUUCAUGGCCAAGAGCUAUGGUCCCAGCUCCAGCAGCAACUUGGAUGAUGUCUUCAGCAUCUCCAGCGCUGGUGAUAGACAAGCCCAAACAGCUGACCGACGUCGCCUGGCAUCGCCUGCUCGCUUAACACAGAGCAAGCCUUGCUCUCAGAAGCGUCGCCCAGCAUUCUUGGAGACCAGAAACCGCAAGCGCCCCAGCCUUGGUACCGACUUCUGGACCAAGCCUGCUGAUGAAGAGGACCCCACUGCUGCUGUUGCUGAAUUCAGCUCCACCACGUCUAGCCAGCGUGACGCUCUAUUUGUGCCUCGCGCAAAUAUUCAGGAGCUUUUCGAAGCUUCACAGCCACUGGCUAGUUCCUCCAGCACCAAGCAGCUGGUUGCCCCGAUUCGCCUAGGCUCACCAUUCACAGCAAAGUCUUCUAGCCACUCGGUUCCUAACCGAUUCUCCAGCCCAGCUCGUCUGGAUCUGGGUAGCGCCAUCCGCAAGCCCUUUGCUACUGUCCAGCAGGCUUCUGAAGGAAGCAGCUCUAAGUCGAGCCUCCAGACUCGCCUUGCAUACAUUGACCAGCGCCUUAAGGCUUUCCGCCGCCGCGGUAGCCGCGAGCGCCGCUCCAAGUCUCCCCAAUAACGAUUUACGCCCAUAUACCCUUCCCCCCACGAACAUAGACUGCAAUGUACAUUGUACUCACUUUGUCGCCCGUGUUGGCUAUUGUAUGCCCCAAACACGUGGUUUUGACUUGCCCCUACCAUAACACACCACACACUUGCACAACCACACACGAACCCUUAUAGAAGAUAUCUAGGAAACAUAUCCUUUGAUGUUUGGAUUUGAGGAUGAUGCUAUGAACGCACAUCUACAUAACUAUCCUGAACCAAGAAAAGCAACAUAUAUAUCUCAGCUUUUGGAUGCAACUUGGCAACCAGAUGGAACUGGAGAUGCGAUUUCAUUUGGUGGAUAUUUUGACUAUUUUUUUUUCGUUUCGCUAUUUAUGACACUUACGACAUGAUGACAGACACGAGGCUGACAGGAGUAAGUCGCCUCUGGAAACGGUGGUCUUUUGAUUUUUGUUUUGAUCGAAAUAUUUUUAAUUUCUUGCUAUCACAAACCCUGCGCACGAACCUCUAAGCAAUCACUAUGAGCUGAAUGCCUUUGGUUUGUUGGCUUUCUUGUUUCGCUUGCACUGCCCUUGCCAUCAGCAAGGUUGGAGCUUUUUGCGAUAUCUUUAUCUUGUUAUUUUUUUAUGAAGUUAUGAUAUAUACGGGGUACUUCUAUCUUUAUCCCAGAUUUUGCUCUUCUCGUGACAGCAGUUUGCAUUCACUUCUUUGGCCUUUGAGUCGCAAGAAGGUGCGGAGCUUGCUGGUUGCAAGACGCAGAUGGGUUUGGAACGGUGGUCGCCGGGAUAGCAUGUACGCAAUUUAGAAACCCCAUGAGUUUAUGAUGACCUGAGCUAGCAUACAAACUGUUUAUUCUUCACCAUAU